CACUGCCAGCGCAUUCCGGCCGGGGUCUCUGGGCGGUCCGUAGCAUUUAUCCGCCCUCCUUCCUCACUGGCCGUACUCUGUCACCGCGGAUUACACGGGGAAUGACCAGCAUCAGCCCUAAGCACUCAACAUGCAGGGCAGCAGAAAGGAGCACCUCUACAAGGUGUUAGUGAUCGGCGACUUGGGAGUGGGGAAGACCAGCAUCAUCAAGCGCUACGUGCAGCAGAGCUUCUCCCCCAACUACAGGGCCACAAUCGGGGUGGAUUUCGCCCUGAAGGUCCUCAACUGGGACACGGAGACCAUCCGACUGCAGCUGUGGGACAUCGCAGGUCAGGAGCGAUUUGGCAACAUGACCCGGGUGUACUACAGGGAGGCCACCGGUGCCUUCAUCGUGUUCGACGUUACACGGCCCUCCACAUUCGAGGCAGUCACCAAGUGGAAGGAGGACCUGGACUCCAAACUGAGUCUGCCAAACGGCAGAGGUGUUGCCGCGGUGCUGCUGGCCAACAAGUGUGACCAGGGCCGAGACGUGCUGACCAACAACGGCCUCAAGAUGGAGCAGUUCUGCAAGGAGAACGGAUUCGUGGGCUGGUUCGAGACCUCAGCCAAGGAGAACAUUAACAUUGACGAGGCCGCCGGCUGCCUGGUGAAGCACAUCAUCGCCAACGAGAAGGACAUCCUGCGGUCUGAGGAGCGAGACGCAGUGAAGCCACUACAGGAAGCCCAGACCAGCAGCUCCUGCUCAGGAUGCUUUCGGAUGUAGAAGGGGAGGCGGGACCGCGGGACGGGGGGGACAGGCAAAGCUCGACAAGGUGGAGAAUACCUCACUACUCACUGUUUUAACCACAGACUCCACUGUCACAGCAGCUCUGGGAUGUCGAUCUUCCUGUCUCAAGACGGAAAGGACGCUUGUAUGACAUGUGAACAUUUUGUUAUCAAGCCGGUAACCUGCGGACACACUUCCACAUUGCUGGGUAUCGUCCA